AUUUCAGUUUGUUUUUUUGUUUCAUUCUCUCGUUCUCUCAGACUCCAAAUGUUUGAGGGGUUGAACGCAGCGCUGAGCCUGUCCAACACUGCUCCACCAACCGAGCUGCAGGGCUCGCUGGUGCUGUGCGCUGACACACUCGAGGCGGACGGCGGCUUCCUGCUGCACCACUGGCUCGCCACGCACCUCAAGACUGGCGCCGCCGUCGUGCUCGUGUCAUUCGCACACAUCCAGAAUCACUUUGCACUUGUGGCACGCAAGCUGGGCAUCAACCUGGCACAACUCGAGGCGCGUGGCAUGUUUCGUUUCAUCGGAGGGCUCGAUGUGCCGUCGACCGACGCUCAAUCGCAACCUUCUUCUGGAGACUUUCACCUCGAUUUGAGCAACCCUGCUCCGCUCAAGGAGCUACACCAGAGGAUUCAAGACACAUUGAAGGCGAUGGAAGCCAGUCGGCGCGCGGCAAAUCCAGCUGGUGAAGACGCAACGCAAACGCCCGUUUGCAUCAUCUUGGACUCGGUUGACACCCUGUUCCAUGCAACUGGCGGUGCCAUCACCCCUGCUGCGCUACUUGGCUUUAUUCACUCUUGUCGGUCAUUCCCACUCGUUGCCCCCGCCCCCUGCUUGGUGGUUUCUGUUCACGCCGACGCCCUGUUUGGCGGCGCCAAAGCCCUGUUUGCCACUCUCAAACAUCAGGCCCAGGUCACACUAACCGUGUCUGGCCUGCCUAGCGGCUAUUCCAAGGAUGUGCAUGGCCAGUUGUAUAUUUCGCGCGCUUCAGGGCUGGACGAACGACCAGCGCCUCAGUCCAAGCUCCACUACAAAAUUCAAGACCACACAGUCACAUUCUUUGCUCCAGGCUUGUCGCGGGCCGUGAUUUGAGCAAAUCACUUUGACUUUGUCUGUCACUAUCGUAGUUGUUGAAUGCUGAAAAUCACAGAUCCAUCGAAAAUCGUUGUAUGUUUAAAUUAUCACAAACGCGUCCAAGAAACGCAACUUUACAGUGU